AUGUCGCCCAAAUCAGUAGCAUGUGCUGACAAUGCUGCAGGACCAGAAGUCAUUACAGAGGCCGUCAAAGUGUUGGAAACCGUAUCGGAACUGUCUCCAGACUUUGAUCUCAGGCUCGAGUCUCACCAUUUCGGAGGCAUUGCCAUCGAUUCUGUGGGGGAACCUUUGCCUGCUUCUACGUUGAAAGCAUGCCAGGAGGCAGAUGCUAUUCUGAUGGGUUCCAUCGGGGGGCCUAAAUGGGGUGUAAAUGCUAAAGUUCGCCCCGAACAAGGUCUCCUGGCUCUUCGCAAAACUCUCGGUUUAUAUGCAAAUAUCCGUCCAGCUAAUCUUGCUUCGGACUCCCUCUUAGACUAUUCCCCCCUCCGUCCUGAAGUAGCGCGCGGAGUCGACAUGAUUGUCGUCCGUGAACUCAUCGGAGGAGCCUAUUUUGGACCACGGAAGGAACAGAACGUCGAGCCUGAUUUCGAUGUGGCAUGGGACACGAUGAUCUACAGCGUUGCAGAAGUACAAAGAAUCACUCGCGUUGCUGCCCAAAUUGCUUUAGCUGCAAAUCCUCCCUUGGAAAUUCAUUCCAUCGACAAGGCCAACGUAUUGGCCAGCUCUCGACUUUGGAGAAAGGUUGUCACCGAGACCUUGGCGGCAGAAUAUCCACAACUUAAGCUUGACCAUCAUCUAGUUGAUUCGGCUGCUAUGGUCAUUGUCUCCAACCCUCGGAAAUUGAACGGUGUGAUCUUAACCGAAAACCUGUUCGGAGACAUCUUGUCUGACCAGUCUAGUGUCAUUCCCGGUUCUUUAGGUCUACUCCCUUCGGCUUCUCUCGCAGGAGCUCCCUCAGCACCUUCUCCCGAUUUCAAGCCGACCCCCGGUCUGUAUGAGCCUAUUCACGGAUCCGCACCUGACAUUGCUGGACAAGGGAUAGCAAAUCCGAUUGGCACAAUUCUCAGCGCUGCCAUGUUGCUCCGAUACUCACUUGGUCUGGAAAAGCCUGCACAUGCCAUUGAAGUAGCCGUCCGAAAAGUUUUAGACACUACCGAAUCCGGUGGUCAUGGUCUCAGGACCGCUGACCUUGGAGGCAAGGUUUCCACGAAAGAAAUCGGCGAGCGUAUCGUUCAUGUUCUCAAGGAGAUUCUGUAG